AUGACGGAUCCUUGCGUUCGAAACGACGUCUAUUUGCAGAAGAGAUAUAUACACCAUGUGUGUGUCCGUGGUGGAAGCACGGCAAGCAAGCUUGCAAACAAAGUAUCAAAGUCAACGGGCGACAGGUCGACCUGCAGGCGAAGUAGACUCGGCAUGUCGAUGCAAAUGGCCACCCAGUGA